UCUCUCUCCCUCUCUCUCUAGCUCUCUCUCCAUCUCUCCGAUUGAGUUUCAGAGCUGUCACGUCUCACGUGUCAAGUUCGAAGCUGCAAGAGAAAUGGGUCUUCCUUUGAUGAUGGAGAGAAAAUCAAACAACAACAACAAUAACGUCGUCGAGCUUUCUCGAGUUGCUGUUUCAGACACACAUGGUGAAGACUCACCUUACUUUGCCGGCUGGAAAGCUUACGACGAGAAUCCUUACGACGAAUCACAUAACCCUUCCGGUGUCAUACAAAUGGGUCUCGCCGAGAAUCAGGUCUCAUUUGAUCUUUUAGAAAGUUACUUAGAGAAGAAGAAUCCUGAAGGUUCGAUGUGGGGAUCAAAAGGAGCACCUGGCUUCAGAGAAAACGCACUGUUCCAAGAUUACCACGGUCUCAAAUCUUUCAGACAAGCCAUGGCUAGCUUCAUGGAACAGAUUCGUGGAGGUUUAGCUAGUUUCGAUCCUGACCGUAUCGUCCUCACCGCCGGAGCCACCGCCGCUAACGAGCUCUUAACUUUCAUCCUCGCCGAUCCCAACGACGCCCUUCUCGUUCCCACACCGUAUUAUCCAGGAUUCGAUAGAGAUUUGAGAUGGAGAACCGGAGUGAAAAUUGUACCGAUCCAUUGCGACAGCUCGAACCAUUUCCAGAUAACCACAGAGGCACUCGAGGAAGCAUACCAAACGGCUCGUGACGCAAACAUUAGAGUCCGAGGAGUGCUCAUAACCAACCCAUCGAACCCAUUAGGCGCGACGGUCCAAAAGAAGGUUCUUGAAGAUCUCCUUGACUUCUGCGUACGCAAGAACAUUCACUUGGUAUCAGACGAGAUCUACUCCGGCUCGGUCUUCCACGGCUCCGAGUUCACCAGCGUAGCCGAGAUCGUAGAGAACAUCGAUGAUGUGACAGUCAGAGAACGUGUCCAUAUCGUGUACAGCCUCUCCAAGGAUCUUGGUCUUCCCGGUUUUCGAGUAGGUACUAUCUACUCGUACAAUGAUCAUGUUGUGCGGACAGCGAGAAGGAUGUCGAGUUUUACGCUUGUCUCGUCUCAGACACAACACAUGUUGGCUUCUAUGUUGUCGGAUAAGGAGUUUACGGAGAAGUACAUUAGGAUAAACCGGGAAAGGCUUAGGAGACGGUACGAGACAAUUGUGGAAGGGCUUAAGAAGGCAGGGAUAGAGUGUUUGAAGGGCAACGCAGGGCUGUUCUGUUGGAUGAAUUUAGGUUUCUUGCUGGACAAGAAAACGAAAGAUGGCGAGCUCGAGCUUUGGGAUGUGAUCUUGAAGGAACUGAAGCUGAAUAUUUCGCCAGGAUCUUCGUGUCAUUGCUCGGAGUUUGGAUGGUUUAGGGUUUGUUUCGCUAAUAUGAGUGAGAAGACUUUGGAGAUUGCGUUAAAGAGAAUACAUGAGUUCAUGGACGGACGAAGGAGGUUUUGAAUUGACAAAAAAAGUAAAUUAUAAGUCCGGGAAUUUUUUUUGUUUUUGGUGGUUAAUACAUGGGGUAAGGGAAAAUUAUUUUUCUGGUAAAGAGAAGAUGAUUAAUUGAAAUCCAUUGAUGGAAAGUGGAUUUCGAUUUAUUUCUCUUUUCCAGAUACUAUUGUUUGUUUUCUUGCUUUAGAUGAAGCAAGUUAAUUUCACGUACUCAUUAAGGUUGAUUUAUAAUA